AUGGAUGUAGGAAUACCACUAAUAGAUUCCAAUGAUUCAGAUAGUAAUCAUGUAACUCAACCAAAUUUGUCAACAACUGUCACAAAAAUCGUUUCAAAAAAUGUACAUCCAAGACCUGAUCCACCUUUCUUUCAAACCCCUGCACCAAAACCUAAACAAACGUCAUUGUUCGACAGAUUAUUUCCAUUGAGUCAAGUAAAACGAGUUGAAUUCUAUCAAGCACUCCUUAGUGAAUAUAUAGCCACAUUGAUCUUAGUAUUAGUCGCAACAUCAACUGGUUUACCUGUCGCUUCAACAGGCGUACCCGAUGUACACGGUGCUCUUGCAUCAGGUCUGAUUGUGGCGACUAUUGUCGUUGGAUUUGGCCAUGUCAGUGGCGCGCACAUUAAUCCAGCUGUCACAGUUACAUUUCUUGUCGCAAAUGAAAUCGAUUUUUAUCGCGCCUUAUUAUAUAUUGGCAUGCAACUGCUCGGUGCUGUGUCAGCAUCAGCUCUGGUUAAAACGAUUACACCGAUGCAUGCGCAGAAUAGUUUAGUGCAUGCUAUUUGUGAUAAGCAUCGUGAUGAUGUCGGCGGUUCAAAAGCUUUAGCAGUCGGCUUUGCCGUUACAGUUGGUUGUUUAUUCGGUGGUCCGUAUACCGGUGCUUCGAUGAAUCCAGCUCGAUCAUUCGGACCAGCUGCAAUUAUGGGCUCAUGGAAAAAUCAUUGGAUUUAUUGGUUCGGCCCACUAGCCGGUUCGAUUGUUGCUGGUUUGAUUUACACACGCGUUUUGAAACGAACACCUGAAUCAGCUGAGCUGAACAAGUCGCGUGCCCAUGCAAAACUUGACAAGGAAAAUCAUAUUUAA